AUGCAUGCAUACCUACAAUCAUGUCAGAGAGGAGUGACAUAUGGUUCUAACUGUAGACAUCUAUGUGCUGAACGUAACUGUUUGAAUAGCCCAACAUGUGAUGUGACCACAGGGGUGUGCAUCGGAGGCUGUCAACCGGGCUGGAGGCGCGCAGACUGUUCUGAAGUUUGUGCCGAGGGUUGGUAUGGUCCCAAUUGUUCACUAUCAUGUUCGAAGCGACACUGCACUGCUCGACAAGAUUGUAAUCAUAUUGAUGGAAAAUGUGAAGAUUUUUGUGAAACUGGAUGGAAGGGCGUUGACUGUAGAGAAUGUGACAGGACAUAUGGUGUGAACUGCAGUCUGGAUUGUAACCAGCGAAACUGUAAGAACGACAACUCUCCGUGUGAUUAUCUGACUGGAGAGUGUGUUGGGGGAUGUAAAGCUGGAUGGAAUAGCAUAACAUGCACUGAAACAUGUGGGACUGGUCAAUAUGGAGAUGGAUGCAAAUAUACAUGUGACAGUCGACAUUGUCAUGGUAACACUGAGUGUGCCGUGGAAACAGGACAAUGCAUGGAUGAAUGUAAAGCUGGGUGGCAUGGACUAUCCUGUAUCAGUCCAUGCGCCGCUGGACAAUACGGCAUGGAUUGUGAUUCUACUUGUGGGAACUGUGCAACAGGAACCUGUGACACGGUGUCUGGAAACUGCACAGGAGGCUGUGCGGAUGGGUUUUAUGGAAACCUCUGCAAAGAACGUUCUGUUUCGUCUGGUCUGGUUACUGGAAUAGUUUCAGCCGUCAUCAUUGUCGUCAUUAUCGUUAUUAUAUUAUUGUCGUUAUUCAAGAGACGAAGAAAGAACAACGACACACGUUCUGACUCUCACACACACAAUUACUGGGAAGUUCUGAAGAGAGGUAUUAAGAUUCCAACUGGAAUUAAAAAACAAGACAAGAGUUCUGAGAAUGAUGCUGCUGCCAUGUCACAGGACGGUGGCUCGGAAGAAGUUGCCAACCUUGCUAUGGAACCGAUCGUCCACUCAGGACCAGAUCAAGAGGAGAUGGGUAAAGAUGUAGAGGCAGCGGGAUCAGUAUAUGUCAAUAUGCCUGACUACAAUCGUCCACGUGUUGGUGUCGCAGCUACAGAACUGGCCCGUAUUAUUGAGACGUUAACAAAUCAACCUGGGGGAUUUGCAACAGAAUUCAAGAAACUGCCAAGUCAUUUCUUGUUUGCAUAUGCUGCAUCGCAGAUUUCCGGGAACAAGGCAAAGAACAGAUAUGUAGGGUACUACCCGUAUGACCAGAACCGCGUGGUUUUGUCAAUGCUGUCAGGUGUUCCAAACUCGGAUUAUAUCAACGCCAGUUACAUUGACGGUUGUACAAAGAAGAACCAUUACAUUGCAGCUCAAGGUAUUGUAUCGCAGGAUAUGAAAUAAAAAUUAAAAGGUUUAAUUAUCAAUGAAGUUAUCUCACUAAAUUUACACACAAUUUACGAACGCAUAUGUGAAGUCACACACACACACACACACACACACACACACACACACACAACAUAGCACAUAGCAGUUCACACAUGUUUGCGCACGCACUCUGGCACCUCAGACAUACACGCUCAUAUACACAUCGUUGUCGUUUUUUUAUAUCCACUAAUGCUGACUGCGUUGCAGAUGGAGAGACUGGCGGAUGAAUAAAUCAACGUG